AGAUCAUUAAAAAAUGUGAAGAAAUGAGUGAAAUUUAUUGUUUUAAUAAAAAGUCUGAUAAAAACCGCUAUAAUAUAUUCUGCUUUCUUUGCAAAAAAGAAGUAACGGGUCAAAAUGAAAUUUUAAAACAUUGUGAAACUAGUAUGCACAAAGCUGAAUCCGAACAACUUAAAAAAAAAAAAAAGAAACACUUUGAAGCUAUGAAUAAUAAUUAUGAAUUUCAAUUAAACAAUUUAUUGGAGCAACAACUGUUGACAACAGAACGCUUGACAAAAAAAGAUCUAUAUUUGAGAAAUGAAGUAUGUAAACAAUUUGAAGAAUGCUUAAAAAAAAUGAUUGCACCUGACCUACACUGUCAACUGCAUGGUUCCUCAUUAACAUUGCUUGGGUUUAAAGAUUCAAAUGUUGAUAUUGAUAUCAAAUUUGAUAUGCAGAAAAUUAUAGAGUUUAAUCCAUUGAUAUCUGACUCUCUAUGUUUUUAUUCUCUGGUAGCGGAAGUGAUUCAAAAGCAAACAUGCUUUUAUUCAGAUCUUGAGGACAAUCUUGAUAUGAAAAAUCCCAAUAUUAAAUUUAAAGAUAUAAAAAGUGGACUUUCAUGCUGCAUAGCUCUUGUUUAUAGUAAGUGUUAUCAAACAUCUGAUUUAAUAAUCAAGUACACCAAUGCUGAUGAGAGAUGCAUUAAACUGGCUAUGUUAAUAAGAAUGUGGAGUAAGGCUUGUGGUCUGGACAAUGCUGAUAAUGGAGGAUUAUCACCAUACUGUUUUGUAUUAAUGGUAAUUAAUUAUCUUCAACAUACCGAGCCACCUGUCCUUCCUAUAAUAAGAGUUAUUGGUUUUGAACAUGAAGUUUAUAAGUUAGUUGACCAGGAAAAUGAAGACAUGUACUCAAUACCUUAUAAUGAAGUUCAAUGUUGGAAAAGUAAGAACACUGCUUCUAUUGCUGUUUUGUUUAUUGGUUUUCUACAUUACUUUUUGGUAACAUUUCACCAUAAAUCAAUGAUUGUUAACAUUAGACAGCAUGCACCUCUCUUGCGUGAUCCUCAAAGAUAUGGGUAUCAUCGGUUUGUUAUUGAAGAUCCAUUUAUAAGCAAAAUAAAUGUUGGCAGUUCUUUAGGAUCACAAUCAGUGAUGAACUAUCUUACAAAGUGUAUGGAAAUAACAUACAAGUACUGCAUUUCUUUCAAAAAUAGAGUUGAAUCACGUUUUAUGAAAGAGAAUACAGAGCUGAAAAAAAACGUUAGUGAAAAUAAACUUGAUAAUGAUAAAGAAAAGCUUGACGAGGAACAAGUCAUACAUUUUGCUAUAAACAUGGUUUUAAAGGAAUUGUUAGAUAAUGUUACAAAGGAAAUUUCAUACAUUAGAUCUUUCUACUUUCAUACCACAAGUUUUUCCCCAAAAACUCCAUUUCCAAAGUUUUGCUCUUCAUGUAAAUCAGAUGGUCAUGGUCACACUACUUGUAAAGUUAAGAACUUCAUAGUAAAACCUUUACAACCUUUGAAUAAAGCUAAUAUUGAUAUUCUUAAUCAAGUUUGUGUAGAAGUGAUGACAACUUGUGAAAUGACUAGGGAAGAAUUUGAUUUUCGAUUGGAAAUUCUGAAGAAAACUGAGAAUCAUUUAAAGCUAUUUUUUCAUGAUAGUUGCCGUCUUUCAUUGUUUGGUUCUUCUGUGAAUGGUUUUGGUUUUCGGAAUUCUGAUUUGGACAUAAGUCUAUGCUUUGAAAUUGAUACUCCACCAAAAGAUUUGAACUAUCAAUUUACUAUUGAAUUGAUAGAAAAAGUGUUAAGAAUAAGUUCAAACUUUUCUAAAGUUUAUUCUAUAAUGUCUGCCAAAGUUCCAAUUGUUAAAUUUUGUGUAAGAAAUAGCAAUAUUCAAGGUGACAUUAGUUUAUACAACUGCUUAGCAAUCGCUAACUCUAAAUUGCUAAAAACUUAUGCAAUGAUCGACACCAGAGUACAAAUUAUGGGUUACUGCAUCAAGUAUUUUGCAAAAAUUUGUGACAUAGGUGAUGCUUCUCGUGGUAGUCUCUCUUCAUAUGCAUACAUUUUACUAAUGUUAUACUAUCUGCAACAUUGUGAACCACCAGUUAUUCCUGUUUUACAAGAACUUGCAGUUGAUAAAAAAAAGACAUUCUUAAUUGAUGGAAAAGAUACAUGGUUUUUUGAUGAUAUUCAAAAUCUUGAUACAGUGUGGAAAGAUUAUGGAAAAAAUAAACAGACCUUAGCAGAACUUUGGAUUGGAUUUUUUAACUUUUACGUUGAGAAGUUUUUUUUCAAAAGAUUUGUUAUAGCAAUUCGACAAAAAAACUCCCUUUCAAAGUGUCAGAAGAAAUGGUGGAAUUGCUCUAUGGCAAUUGAAGAUCCUUUUGAUCUUGACCAUAAUUUGGCCGCAGGUGUUAAAGAUGAUAUGUUUGAUAAAAUCAUGUCAUGCUUCAACAGGGCUCGCUCACACUUUGGUUCUCCUUUCUCUAAUUUAACAAAUCUCAGCAUUAAAAAAUAUUACUUUGAUGGUUCUUAUUUUACAAAUGAUUUUGUUCCAAAUGAUAGAUUUUUUGACGAGUUAUUUCCUGUGCUUUCUUACAUUAAGCAAAUCGAUUAUGGAAAGAAUAAUUUUCUUGGAAAGCAAUCUUUCGUACAACAUGCUUUACCUCAACAACCAUUUAACAAUGUUUCAAGUUUGUCUUUCAAUCCUCAUGUUGUUAGUAACCCGCCGCCAUAUUUACCGCUGCUCCCUCUGAAUUUUAUUAAUUAUCAACCCAACGUGUUAGAAAGGAGGAAUCUGUUUUCUUUAAAUGUAAAAACAUCUCAGGCGUAUUUACCAAAUAGUAUAAAUCUAUCAACUAAUGAGUCUUGCUUUCAUUUGCAACCAUAUCCUAAAGUUGGACGUGACCAGUCAUUUGACAAAAACAAAAAAGAUCAGUCAGCUGCUAAAAAGGAAAGAAACCAGUCAGCAGAUAAAAAAAAAACAGUUCGAUCAGCAGAUGAAAAAAGAGAUCCAUCAGCUGAGAAAAUUAAUGAAAGAGAACGGGUAAUUGAAAAAAAUAAAAGAGUUGUGGCAAAAAAUGACGCAGUUAUUCAAUCUGGUAAGCAUGAUGUUAGUAACACAAAAUUAGUUAGCGACCGACAUGAUACUAAUCUUGCUUUCUCUAAUACGAAAUCGCCCACAAAUCAAAGCAAUAUUAGGCGAGACGUUUUUAAUAAAGUUUUAAGUCAAAAAUAUUAUAAUGCCGUGACUAUCAAACAAAAAUGCCGUGACUAUCAAACAAACGACCAAGAAACGCAAAUUGCAAACGAAACGAAAUUAGAAAAUCUUAUGCGGAAAAAAGAUAUUUCAAAAAAUGAAAAUGCUCAUAAAAAAAAAAAUAAUAAGAAAGAUCUGUCUAAUAGAAAUACAUCCAUAAAUCAAAAUAAUGCUAGGCGAGACGUCUCUUAUAAAAAUGGAAGUCAAAAUGGUCGUAUAAACGACUAUCGAUCUGAUAUAUUUGAUACUAAAAAUCCACUUGGUGUAAAUAUUUGUCAAACUUCAUCAGGGUUUUCUCCUGCGGGUCGCAAUAAUCAUAGAAUGAGUAGCAAAUAGUGUUGUUAUUUUUAACAUCUUUUUUAGAUAAUUUUUAUUGAUGUUGAUGGAGGACUGCUUUGCUUUUUAUUAUAAGGCUCGCGAAUUUUUUCGCGAGCCUUAUAAUACAAAAGAAAGUCCGUGUGACAUUUGUUAUACAUUUUUGUUGAAAUUUUUCGUUUUUGAAUCUUUACUUCACUUUUA